GACACUGAACACACUGGACUUUACAUGCUAGAGGAUUACUUGGAUUUCUCUGAACUGAACUGGGACUGAAUUAAAAUGCCGAGACAGGAUUUUAAAUGGCUGAAAAGAUUCAUGAACAGCAGAGCCGCCGCUAACUGCCGCUAUCAGCCCACCAGCUACGAGCACGCAGCCAACUGCUACACGCACGCGCUGCUGAUCGUCCCGGCUUUCGUUGGUAUGGCUCUGCUGCACCGUCUGUCCGAUGACCGAUGGGAGAGGAUCACGGCGCUGGUGUACGGACUCGGCCUCUGCGGCCUCUUUCUGAUCUCCACCACCUUCCACAUCAUCAGCUGGAAGAAGAGCCACAUGAGGUCGGUGGAGCACUGCUUUCACAUGUGUGAUCGAGUGGUCAUCUACUUCUUCAUCGCUGCUUCAUACACGCCAUGGUUAAAUCUGAGGGAGCUGGGACCUCUGGCGUCUCAGAUGCGCUGGUUCGUGUGGAUCAUGGCUGCUGCGGGAACCAUCUACGUCUUCAACUACCAUGAGAAGUAUAAACUGGUGGAGCUGGUCUUCUAUCUGAUGAUGGGUUUCUCACCUGCUCUGGUGAUCACAUCCAUGACCAACACGGACGGCGUGCACGAGCUGGCGUUCGGCGGCCUGAUCUACUGCCUGGGCGUGGUCUUCUUCAAGUCGGAUGGCGUGAUUCCGUUCGCUCAUGCCAUCUGGCACGUGUUCGUGGCCCUGGCCGCCGCCGUGCACUACUACGCCAUCUGGAAGUACCUGUACCGAAGCUCGCCGGGGGACGAGCUGGGACACGUGGCCGAGCUCUGAGCGUCUCGUGAUUAAAACUCUGUAGUUCUUCAUCUUCUCAUCGUCUUCAAGGUGCCCGACACGACCACUGAUUGUUUACCAGCCACCCAGAGAUUGGUGUGUGAUGUUUAUAGAGUAUUUAUAGGGUGAACGCGUGUGUGUUUGUUCCUCGAACCCUGCACUCACACCGGCACUCCCAUGCCUCCCAAUUUAGUCGCUUCCAGUUCCCCCGUUGUCCUGCUUGCCCUGCCCUGACCGAGGAGACUCUACAUCAGCCUGCUUCUUUUCAUCCACCAGAGACGGAGUCUCACAGAGAGCCGUAUGGCGUACGUGACAGUGGCAACCUGACAGUGGUGGGGCUUGAACCAGCAACCUUUCGAUUACUAGUCCAGUACCUUAACCACUGCAGCGAGAAAAGAAGAAACCCCGCCGACCUCCUUCACUCACACAAGGCCAGUUUUGCCUGUCGGAUGCCCGGCUAGGUUGGUAGCACAGCCGAGAUUCCAGAUUCGUGUUGUUUCUUUCUGUGUGAAUAUUCAUCAGAUACAAAUGUGCACAAGCAGGUGAAACAAUCUGCUGUAAUGAAAUGUUACUUGACAAUGUGUGCUUGGUGCUGCGUCCCAAACCACAUACUACACACCGUUUAGUGUGUAUGUGGUUUCAGACCCUGCACGUUGGUUUAAGGGAACCAGAGUCCAUUAACGGGGAACCAAUCAUGUACCUCAGUGCUUAGCUUUUCUUAACCGUACCGUCACUGACACCACCCAUAAUGCGCCGCUAAAGGUCAGGUGACCUGCUGUUUGUUGUACACGUCCAGCUCUCAGUGAAAACGCCGGUGUGAAUGUGACUGAGAAACAUUUUUCUUGCUUCCUCAGCAAAGUCGUCUUUAUGUGGGCGCCCAGGUAGCGCAGCAGGAUACUCUGCUAGCACAGUGGUCCCCAAUCACCGGGCCACGGGCCGGUACCGGUCCGUGGGUCAUUUAUUACCGGGCCGCACAGAAAGAACAAAUAACUAGAGAUCUCUACAGGAGCAAUUACAUUUCUAAAACUCUUGGGGUGUUAGUUUCUCUAAUCACCACUAGGUGGGAGCAGUGUCUCGUUGCAGCGAAAACAGCUCAGGAUUCACACCGAUUUUCUAUUCUAUAGUUAUUCUAUUUUAAAUGCCCCACCCCUGUCGGUUCAUGAAAUUAUAUCUUAUAUGAAACCGGUCCGUGGUGCAAAACAAGUUGGGGACCCCUGCGCUAGCACACCAGUGCAGAGAUUCUGAGCUCCCAGGUUUGAAUCUCAGGUCAGCCACCGGUCGGCUGGGCGGCCUCUAGCAGGCACAAUUGGCCUCCAGUCUGCUAGGUGGGAAAGACCGGACUAAGCGGCGGGGUUAUCAACGCUGUAAGGCUGCCCGAGGUGCCUGUACAGAAAGUGGAGUUUCCAGUUUUUAGUGUGUGCACAUAAAAUCAGUGCAUGUCAUUUCAGUGCAGUGAUUAAAUGACUAGUACUGCUUAUGACUGACCACAGCUGGUGACUGUUUUGUGCACAUAAAUAGGACUAGUUCGACUGCACCAAUUAAAGAGUACAUUAAAAUCAGGGGAUUCCUUAAUAAGGUUAAAACUAAACCAAAAAACUGAAUUAGAAGCUGCUGGAACACUGGUGACCCACUGUCGAGCAAGCUUGACAUCACUAUGGGCUUAAAGGCUACCAUGUACAACAGAAGCCCCACAUGGACCUCAUAAGUUUGAUUCCCUUUUUUAUGGGUGCAUCAGAAAACUGCUAAAUCAGCUACAAAUCUCAUAGAGGAAGAUGACAACCACUGAGCAUGUGUACGAGAUGGCCAGAACUAAAAAAGGAGCCACUGAACCAUAUAAGGUCCUGAAAGUUACGUUACUUUGGGCGUGGGAUGGCACGGUGGCUAAGUGAGGAGCACUUAUUUACUUGAGCUGAUUGAUCAAUCUCUAGCGUGUACCGUAUUGGUAUUAUUUAAUGGUAAUGAUGAGCAAAACCAUAGAACGGACCACAAUCCCCAUCAUUCCAUGUUCUAGUUUGUGUUAAAGAGGAUCAUGGGAAAUGGAGUCAUUGUAAGCUGCUGCUUUUCUGCAUUAGUAUUAAAUUCCAAAGAGUUUUUCUGGGUUUUGUUUCAUGCGCUGUGCAUUUCUGUUAUAAAUUAUCUUAUUAAAAAUAUUGUAACUGAAUGUUCAUCAGCUUCUGCGAGCCGCUUUUUGCGCUGAUUGCUCUGGUCAUUUCCUGUAAAUUUGAAAGCUCUUCAUACUCUCUAACCAAAAGGACAUUUUGUAACGUUUGUACUGUAUUUUUGUCAUUCUGGCACAUAUCGCUGUACUGAUCCAUUCAGUGUUGGGUGCUGCGUCAUGACCACUAUUUGUGUCCGAGUCUUUAUUUUAAUAAAAGUAUUAAGAAAAGAUAAA